GCCUUGAGGGGGAACGACACGAAAAUUCGCAUUGUCCUCAACAAGGCCGACAUGGUUUCUUAUCAGCAGCUCAUGAGGGUUUACGGGGCCCUCAUGUGGUCGCUUGGCAAGGUAAUAUCUUCUCCUGAAGUUGCUCGGGUGUAUAUUGGCUCUUUUUGGAAUAACCCGCUGCAAAACGACGAAAACCGCAAACUUUUCGAGGCCGAGGCGAACGAUUUAUACUCGGACAUCGCACGAGUGCCUCGCGACGCGGCCAUUCGAAAGUUAAAUGACUUCAUUAAGAGGGCUCGUCUGGCUAAGGUCCACGCCUUAUUGCUGAGCACUCUCCGCAACAAACUACCAAUGUUCGGCAAAGAAGGCAAAAAGAAACAACUUAUUAGUCAGCUUGCUGCGGUGUAUCAGCAGGUCUCUCAAGAAUAUGGGGUCCCUAUAGGAGACUUCCCCCCCGUUGCAACGAUGCAGGAGAAGCUGGCUUCGUUUGAUUGGAGUAAAAUCCCUCGCCUCGAUAUGCGGCAAUUAGAGAGUUUAGAAAAUGUUAUUAAAACGCAAAUACCGCGCUUGAUGGCCUUAGUGCCCACAGACAGU